AAAUUGAAAUGGGUCUCUUGUCUAUAAAAGGCCGCAUAAACCUGCCAAAAAUGUUAGAGAGUGAUUUUGCUUAAACCACAAUGGAAGAGCUAACCCUUACCGAAGAUAAUUUGAUAACAUCCCAAAUGGUGAAGAGGAAUGGUGCCCACUUCAAUAAGUCAGCAAAAGAUGAGGGGAAAAAGAAUGAAAAAGUGGUACAAUCUUGGGAGGCUGAGGACAACGAGGAUGUGGUAGAAACUCGUGCUGGUCUGCGCUAUCUCUACAAUGGCUAUUAUUUCCUAGGCAUCUACAUGCCCAAGAAAUACAAAUAUCUCUAUGUGCUGUGGUCGGUGAUUGUCAAUCUGUAUGUGACGAUUUAUUUGCCUGCUGGUUUUAUCAUGGGCAUUGUGGAUGCCACCGAUGAGAAUAUGGAAAUUGGCAAUCUUUUGACUUCAUUUCAAGUGGCCAUAAAUGUUGUGGGUUGCUCCAUCAAAAUUGUUUUAAUGUUUUUCCUAUUUCCCCAACUCUUGAGGUGUGAGCCACUUUUCGAAAAGCUGGAUAAACGUUGUAGCACUCAUGGGCAAAAGGAACUGGUGCGACGUUUCAUGCACGAUGGCAAUCGUAUGGUGGUGCUAUUUGCCAUAGCUUAUUGGAGUUAUUCCACCAGUACUUGCAUAAGUGCGGUCAUCUUUGGUCGUCUGCCUUAUAACAUCUAUAAUCCCUUUAUUAAUGCCCAUGAGUCUUGGGGUUCCUUCAUUUUGGCAGUCUUAAUGGAAAUGGUGCCCAUGGACAUUGCCUGCUUUCAGCAGGUGUGCGAUGACUCCUAUGCGGUGAUAUAUGUCAACAUAUUGAGAACUCAUUUGCAAGCUUUGGUCUUGAGAUUGCAACAAAUGAAGGGGGACGACAAGGAUUCGGAGGAGAAAAAUGUGGAGGAAUUGAAGUUGUGCAUAAUUGAUCACAAGAAUAUUAUUGAACUCUACAAUCGCGUUGCCCCCGUAAUUUCUAUAACCAUUUUCGUUCAGUUCACCAUAACUGCCAGCCUUUUGGGUUCGACUCUCAUUAAUAUUUUACUUUUUGCCACAAAUGUGGCUUCAAUGGUUGCCUCAUGCUUUUAUGUUCUGGCUGUGGUCGUUGAAGUAUUUCCUUUAUGCUACUAUGCCCAAUGUUUGAUGGAUGAAAAUGAUUAUUUGGCCCAGGUAAUAUUUCACUCGGAUUGGAUUAAUCAAAGUGUUAGAUAUAGGAAAAUGAUGAUAUUUUUCAUGCAACGUACUCAAAAGACCAUAGAGUUUACGGCUGGCAAGAUAUUUCCCAUAACUUUAAAUAGCUUUUUGAGUAUUGCUAAAUUUUCAUUUUCCUUGUAUACGGUCAUUAAAGAAAUGGAUCUCAAGGAACGCUAUGGCUUGAAGUAGAAAACAAUUGUAAUCAUGGAUACUUGGAGUUUAAAAUGUUCAGAUAUUUUAUAAUGUAGUAGCACUCACAAAACUUCA